AUGGCAGACGCGCCGAAUACCCAGGACGAGCUCUACCCCAUCGCCGUCCUCAUCGACGAGCUAAAGCACGACGAUGUCCUCCUGCGUCUCAAUGCCAUUCACCGCCUCUCCACCAUCGCCCUCGCCCUAGGCGCCGAGCGCACGCGUGAGGAAUUGAUUCCCUUCCUCGACGAGUCCGUUGAGGACGAGGAUGAGGUGCUAGUCGCUCUCAGCGGCGAGCUGGGCAACUUCAUCGAGUAUGUCGGAGGCGCCCAAUGGGGCCAUGUCCUCCUCUCCCCCCUCGAGAACCUCGCUGCCAUCGAGGAACCCGUCGUGCGGGACAAGGCCGUCGAGUCCCUCAACAAGAUCUGCGAGGAGCUGUCCUCCCAGCAAGUCGAAGAAUACUUCAUCCCCUUGACCAUCCGACUUUCAAAAGCAGACUGGUUCACCUCCAAGGUGUCUGGCUGCGGUCUCUACACAUCGCCCUACAAGAAGGUGUCCCCGGGCAUUCAAGAAGAUCUCCGAAAGCAGUUUGGACAGCUUGUCCACGAUGAGACACCCAUGGUCAGACGCCAGGCUGCCACCAACCUGGCAAAGUUCGUCAAGGAGAUGCCGGCCGCUAUCGUUGUCGAAGAGAUGAUACCCCUUUUCCAGCACCUCGCCCAGGACGACCAGGACAGCGUCCGCCUACUUACCGUCGAGAUCCUCAUUUCCAUCGCCGAGGUCGUACCCAAGGAGCAGCAGUCGAGUCACGGCGUUCUCCUCACUUCUCUGCGAAACCUGAUCGAGGACAAGAGCUGGAGGGUUCGGUACAUGAUUGCAGACAGAUUCGAGAAGAUUUCCAAGGCUGUCGAUGAGGAGGUCGUUUCAAGGGAUCUGGUGCCAUCUUUCGUGAAGCUCCUCAAGGACAACGAGGCAGAAGUCCGGACUGCGAUUGCUGGACAAAUACCAGGAUUCUGUGCGCUUGUGGACCGCACUGUCCUUCUGAAUGAUAUCAUGAGCAGCGUGGAGGAUCUCGUUUCCGACACCUCCCAGCAUGUCAGAGCUGCUCUCGGUACCCAGAUCAGCGGUCUCGCACCCAUCUUGGGAAAGCAAGAAACUAUCGACCACCUUCUGCCCAUGUUCUUGCAAAUGCUGAAGGACGAGUUCCCCGAAGUUCGCCUCCACAUUAUUUCCAAGCUUGAACUCGUCAACCAGGUCAUCGGAAUCGACUUGCUCUCCCAGUCUCUUUUACCCGCCAUUGUGCAGCUUGCUGAGGACAAGCAGUGGCGUGUGAGACUGGCCAUCAUCGAGUACAUUCCUCUUCUUGCCAGCCAGCUUGGAGUUAAGUUCUUCGAUGAGAAGCUGAGCAACCUCUGCAUGAGCUGGUUGGGCGAUACCGUCUUCUCGAUCCGCGAGGCGGCGACGCACAACCUGAAGAAGCUUACAGAGGUCUUUGGAGUCGAGUGGGCGAGCGAGGCGAUCAUUCCCAAGGUUAUGGCCAUGGGCAACCACCCCAACUACCUCUACCGAAUGACAACCGCCUUUGCCAUCACCACCCUUGCUUCUGUUGUGAGCCUUGAUGUCAUUGCUGACAAGAUCCUGCCCAUGUUGGACAAGCUCGUUGACGAUGAGAUCCCCAACAUUCGCUUCAACGUCGCCAAGACAUAUGGCGUUCUGAUUGACGUCCUCCGCCGUUUGCCUGAAGAAGGCACGAUUUACUCCCUGGAGAAGGAGGGUGGCAGCUUCACCGCGUCUCCCAGAGGCAUGGAACUGAUCCAAACACGCGUCAUUCCUAAGCUCGAGAAGCUGCAGAAGGACGACGACGUCGACGUGCGGUACUUUGCGACAACGUCUGCGAACCAAGUGUCUGGACCUUCUUCUGGCGAACCUAUGAAUACAUCACCAUAG